GGCUGUCAAACGAGUUACUACACUUAUUUAUACUAAUAAUCCACAUUAUAAAUUAUUAAUAGUCCAUGAAACACAUUUUGCAAAAAAAAAUACAGCACAAUUAGCACGACGUUUAAGUCCUCGCUAAAACAAUCUUAGACUUAAAACAAGUCUAAACGGAAGCCAUCGACUUGAUUUUACUAGUACAUUGAUACUCUACAAGUCGUCCAUAAGGAACCUAUUGCAAAUUUAUACCGGUAAGUAUCUACCUUUAUAAAAUUAUUUAAAUGUCGCCGAAAAUUAGUACAUAAAUAAUAGUACUGAUAUGACGUGAAUUUCCUGUCGAAGAAUAGUCUAUGACCUUGGUCCUCGAAUUAAAAAAAGUAAUCUACUGCUUUUGCUGUCUGUCAAUGUCAUCGCGUAAAAGGUUAGAUAUAUUAUUGUAGCCUAGCCAUAUACAUUAUACAUAACUGCCUGCAUCGAACCACGUUUGUUUUUAUAUCAAAGCUUUUUGCAAAUAAUUUUUAAAUACUUGUGUUUUGAAUAAGAAACAUUAAACAAUGCAAGAUACAGAUGACGAACAAGUUGCUUCAGGGCCUGUGGAAAAUGCAUGGUCCAUGAAAAUUCCCAAGUUUACUCCGGAAGACAAUCCUCAUGGUUUGCUAGAAGAAAGCAAGUUCGCAACCUUAUUUCCGAAAUAUAGGGAGCAGUACCUAAAAGAAUGUUGGCCGUUGGUUCAAAAAAUUCUUAAAGAACAUCACAUAGUAGCAGAGUUAGAUCUCAUUGAGGGAAGUUUGACUGUAAAAACCACAAGAAAAACGUGGGAUCCUUAUAUUAUAAUUAAAGCAAGAGAUUUCAUGAAAUUGUUAUCACGAAGCGUUCCAUUUGAGCAAGCUGUAAGAGUUUUGGAAGAUGAAAUUGGAUGUGAUAUUAUUAAAAUAAAUUCCUUUGUUAGAAAAAAAGAAACAUUUUUAAAAAGACGUCAGCGUCUCAUCGGUCCGAAUGGCGUGACCCUAAAGUCAAUAGAACUGUUGACAGGAUGCUAUGUUCUGGUUCAAGGAAAUACUGUUUCUGCUGUGGGUCCAUAUAAAGGCCUUGUACAAGUGAGGCGCAUUGUAGAAGAUACUAUGAAAAAUAUCCACCCUAUGUACAAUAUAAAGAGUCUAAUGAUCAAGAAUGAAUUAAUGAAAGAUCCAAAACUAAAAAAUGAAAGCUGGGAUAGAUUUCUGCCCAAGUUUAAGAGUAAGAAUGUUCCAAGAAAACAACCCAAGAAGAAAAUCAAGAAGAAGCCAUACACACCUUUUCCCCCACCACAACCUGAGAGCAAAAUUGAUCAGGAGCUUGCCACUGGAGAAUACUUCCUUAAAGAUGAGCAGAAGAAAGCAAAAAGACAUCAUGAAAAGGAAGAAAAACAAGCUGAAGUCAAAUGUGCCCGUAGAGAAGAGCGUGAGAAAGAUUUCAUACCGCCCGAUGAGAAGAUUUCUGAUGAAACAUUUUCUGAAUCUAUUGUAGAUUUAAAACAGUUCAAAGCUAAAAUUAAAAAAAUUUCAAAAUCAAAUUAUAUUACUAAAUCCUAAAAAAUGAACAGAUUAUCCUGUACAUACACAUAAGGAAAUAAAACAAUUUACAUACUUAAAAUCAUCUAUUUUAAUUUUUUUAAUAACUUCAAUUCUGGCACUGCUAUAUUUUUACCAAUGGAAGUUUUCCCAUUCAUGAAUGGUUGCAGAAUAUGUGGUAUAAAUAUUUUGCCUUUUGGAUCUUGAUGAGUCUCAAUAAGUGCUAUCAAUAUUCUUGGUAUUGCACAAGCAGUGCCAUUUAGUGUGUGCACAUAUUUGAUAGAAUUUUCAUCUUUGUAUUUAAUAUUAAGUCGUCUAGACUGAUAAUCGGUGCAAUUGCUACAACUUGAUAUUUCACCAUAGCUAUUGCGCCCUGGCAUCCAAGCCUCAAUGUCAUACUUUCUGAAAAAAAAAGAUUCUUAUUUUGCAUUAAAGAGACUCAAACUUUCCUGUAGAUAAAUUAUUCACACUAAAUAUUUUUGCAUGUUUGUAACAAAUAAACUAAAAACAUUAGAAACCUACAUUAUCCGAAAGUGUUUUUAAAUAAA